UAACGAUUGUCCUACUGACGAUCCUCGGAAAAAGGCCAGUGGCAACCACCCAAAAGAAAAAAUAUCCAACCAUCAAAAACAUGCCAAGUCGUUUCAAAAAAUUCUAUUUUUUUUUCUGAUUAUUUUUGUUGUUGUACGAUUCCCCAUUCGUUUUUAACGUGCGCGUGAACUUGUGUUCGGAUAAAAUAAGUUGGAAUAACCUAGCAUUUAUUAUCUACUUUUUCUUUGAUAUAUUCAUCUCAUUCACCCUCGUUGACGAUGACGGACAAUGCAGUCUCAACCGCUGUCAAGUCUACCGUGAUGACCUCAAUCCCUGAUCCGACCGUUGUCAAUGAGCACCGUGUUGUCAAUGAUCUGUCAUCGCAACCCAUUCCCCCCGCAGUAUUCAGGAACCGGUCAUAUAACAAGAGAGCCACCCCGCUGGAAGAGAGUUUAGACGAGGAAGAAGAAACGGAAGCGGACGGAGACGAAGAGGAGGAAGAAGGGUUCGAAACAGAAGAGGACGAAACCUCGAACCAGCAACCCACCGAUAUGUACGACUAUGAAUUGGAGGAUGAAUUGGAUGACAAUAACAACGAAGGAGGGACGGAAGAGGACGAGAUCGAUCGUUUCUUAUCUCGGGAUAUGGAUGAAGAUAUGCUUGCAUCCGAUAUGACCGAGCCAUUCAUGGUGAACCAAGGCGAAAAUCAAUGGAUAGACGAAUUAAACGAUGAGGACCCACAGAAUGACAGCAAAUUAAAUGAUAUUUCGGACCGAAUGGCGGCCGAAUGGACUUCCACUGAUGAAUGGAAUGAGGAACAAGAAGAAAACCAAAGUGAUGUGAAAGAUGCCGUUCCAAAGGACGAAGCCGACGAAAUAUCACCUCAACAAAAUAAUAAUAAUAACAACAACAACUUGCACCAGAAUGAUGAUACCCCAAAUCAAGAUACCACCGUAAAUAUAAAGCAGCAAAAAACCAGCAUUGAAAUUGAAGAAGAAGCAGCGAUUCGAAGUCUGCAUGAAGAAAUUGCAGACGCUUUAAAUCGGGCCUUACUCAAAGGCAAUAGACCAUGGUUAGAAAUGCAAGAGAAUACUCCCGCAAAGGUCAUUCACGAACAUGAUAACGCAAAUAUGCUCACUGGAUCCAAGACGCAAGGCACAAAAACAUACCAUGGUCUCAUAUUUUGGAUCGUGCUGGUGGCGGUGUGUUUCGGCGUGUGGCGAUUCAAGGUACGACCUUCUCAUUUGCCUCCCCCCCCCCCUAAGCCAGCCCAGAAAAUUCUGUUGUCUUUUAUUGUACCCUUUGCAAAUUUGACUGGAUCAUUCCUUUUUGUUUUACUCGAUGCGUUGGAAGCUAGGGACAAACGUGUUGACAUUCAAAGACAUGUCUCUAUUUUUAUUUCUUGCAAUGACAUCCGUUGAUCGUUCUUUUUUUUUUUUCUAGUCUCGACGUUUGGAAAAAGGCCCUUCAUUACCCGUAACCCGUCAAGAACAUCAUUAUCGUAAAAAGAGCCUGGAUUAAUCGCGGAUCCACGACAAGAGUUGGUGAAUCCACAUCCUUGUAUCGUUUGUCGUGUUGUGGCCCUUUUUUUUCCC